AGUUUAGUUUAACCAUCGCAUCGCAGCGCUUGAGUCGCGAUCAGCUGCUGCUCAGGCUCUACACCCGAUCUUCUCACCAAGUUCCCAGGAUUUUAUAUUUUUUUUCAAUCAAAAUUAAUCCAAAAUGAAAUUAUUUUUAUGUGCCAUUGCUGUGACGCUGUGUGUGGCGAUAACAACCGUGUCCGCCGCCAGCAACUUCGAGUGCCCCAAGCCCAAUGGCCAGUUCGCCGAUGAGAUCCAGUGCGACAAGUACUACGUCUGCGAUGAGGGCGUGGCCAAGGCGAAGCUCUGCCCGGACGGCCUGGUCUUCGAUCCCCUGAACCGCAAGAUCAACAAGUGUGACCAGCCCUUCAAUGUCGACUGCGAGGAUCGUACCGAACUACAGGAGCCCAAGUCCAGCAAGUACUGCCCCCGUAAGAACGGAUUCUUCGCCCAUCCGGACCCGGCGGUCUGCAACAUCUUCUACAACUGCAUCGAGGGUGACGCCCUGGAGACCAAGUGUACCGUGGGCCUCCACUUCGACGAGUACUCCGGCACCUGUGUCUGGCCCGACACGGCCAAGCGCGAAGGCUGCAACCCCGAGCAGAGAACCUCGGAGACCGGCUUCGUGUGCCCCAAGGAUCAGCCCAAGACCGAUGAUCGCGGUCAGGUGGUGACUCAUCCCAAGUACCCCCAUCCCACCGACUGCCAGAAGUUUUACGUGUGCCUGAACGGCGAGGAUCCCAGGGAUCUGGGCUGCCAGCUGGGUGAGGUCUACAACGACGCCACCGAGAUGUGCGACGCCCCCGAGAACGUGCCCGGCUGCGAGGACUGGUACAAGGAUGUGGACAAGGAUUAAGCGUCAUCUCAAAAACCCUAUCGAUCCAAUCCGAUAUUCUGCUCAUCAAUACAUCCACACACACACACAGAUACACAUCCCCAACACCCUACACCCACACACACACACUAAAUACACUGAAAACAAAUUUCGGAUUCGCGUCGUAGUCACUUAAAGUUAGUAGUUCUAGCCCAUUCCUAUAGAACGUAUGUCUAGCAGUUAAACUUUAAAAACAAACCCGACUUUCUCUAUACUCUAUCUACUAUUCUUACUUUGUACUAUCCCAUCUAUCCUGUACUGUCCUCUCUUUUAUAUCCUUUUCUUACUCUACUUUUCUCUCACUGUGCCCAAUCGAAUCUUCCGCUAAUUUGUUGUGUAUAUAUUUCCGUUUUUCCAUUUCCCUUUAAUUAUUAUAAAAAAAGGAAAACAACAACAAAAAAAUAUAAUAAACUGAUUUUUUUAUAAACUAUA